UGUGUAUGUAUUUCAUUCUGGUGACUUUGUUACAGUAAGGAGAAAAGUCAGUAUUCACUUCCUGUGUUCUAAAAAAGAGAAGCUACAUAUCAGAGGAGGAGUCAAAUUCUAUCCUGUCAAAGUAUGAGAGAAUUUGAGAAGCUACAGUUUCCUUUUUAGGUAAUGCUGGUCCACUGAGAACAAAGAAAGAAAGCUGCUUUCAUUUUCAUUGCUUUUCCUGCCCAGGGAGCUGGAGCAGCAAUGGCUGGAUCUCAUCUGGAAACUGAGAAUGAUGAAUCUGAGAGCACUGAGUCAUCUUCUUCUUUGACAGAAUCUGAAGAUGAAAGUGAAAAAAGUAGAGAUGAGGAAAAAGUUGAAUCAGCCCAGGCAUUGGCUCUCCCUCCAACAGCUCCUCAGGAAACACAGGCUUCCCAACAUGGGAAGUUAAAACUUUGUCCUCCUGAUCAUUUCCAUACACUGAAGACAACAAAGGCAGAUGAGGUGAUAUGCUUUGGAAGAUUUUCCAUUUAAACAAGAUACUGGGACUCACUCAAUUUUAGUUCUUGUUACAAACGUCCUAAGAUCAGACCAAAGGCACAAGAUGUUAUUUAAUCAUCUUAUCUAAUUAACUGGUUCUUACAUUUGAUUUCCUGUCUCUUCCAUCACAUUCUGAACUCCUAUCCACCACCCAACCAAAGCCAAGUUCCUAGAGUGUAUACUCAGACCUAGUAUAUGUUUUCAAUUUCAGGUAUUGUCUCUUUCCUCAAGAGAAUAUAUUUCCAUUUCCAGGCUCUCCAGCCAUCCACUAUUUAAUUGAAAGGGCCUGUUUUGUAUGAACUUUGGAGGCAAAAUUAGGAGGUCUGGAGCAACUCAUUUUGUGUCUGUUAAUUGCAUUUAUAUCCAGUAAUGGAGAAUGAAGUCUGGACAUGCCUGGCCCUCAUCAUCUGCAACAAAGAAUUUGACUGUCUUUCUAAUCGAUAUGGUUCUGAGGUUGACCUUUUGGGAAUGCAAGAUUUGCUUGAAAACCUUGGAUACUCAGUGGUUGUAAAAGAGGAUCUCACAGUUCUGGUAAUGGACCAGGAGAGUGGGACAAGCUUCCUUCCCUCCUAAACAGUUUUGAACUUCUUUCUUAGCAGCUGUAAGAAUAAAAUGCAUGUUAUAGAAAUUAUAUUUGCUCCAGAAUAUGAUUCCCUUUAUUUCAGCCUCCUCCCGUGCACAGUCUCAUAGAAAAUAUUUAGAUCAGCUCUAUGUAGCAGUAUUUCCCCCCAAAUGUGGGAUCUUUCUAAAGUUCUCAAUCUGGGAGGCAUCUAUUACUUGAUAGCCUGGGUGAGACAUAAGCUCUGGACCCUGAAAGUUACUGAUAUCUACAGAAAAAGCUUAUGAGACUUUUACAAUCUCAACAUCAUGUGUGUAAAUGUAAAAGUGUGUAGAAAAAAAUUGCACAUACACACAUAAAGAAAAUGUUGUUAUUCUGGCCAUGCCAAAAAUAAUCCCAGAGGGCUUUAGACAAACCAUUUUAAACCUAACUUUCUGCUGUUCCAAGAUGAAGGAAUUUGUUGUGUUUCUAAUUUUUGUCAAUAGAAAGUUCUCUCUGUCUCUGUCUCUGCCUCUGUGUCUGUCUCUCCCUUUUUUAAUAAAAACUUACAGGAACUCCAACAUGUAAAACAGAUGAAAGCAAAGCUCUCGUAUUAGAGACAUAUCAUCUCACUUGCCCCUCAUUAUACUCCAUCUCCCAGUAUCUUCUUAAGUGUAAGCUUCCAUUGAAAACCAUUGGGCUAGAUGUUAUGUAAAACCUCUACUAACUUUAAUAUUUUACACAUCUAAUUUCCUGGUUUUAUAUCAGAAUGUAAUUUCUCUUACAAUUCCAUUCAGUCCAAAUCACCUGAUUCUUUAGUGCUUGCUCCUUUUUGUGAAUUCCACCUAGUAUUUGAGUAUAAACUAUAUAAGGAGAAUUCCUCAAUAGUAAUUCUGGAGUGUUUUUCAGGAAAUGGAAACAGCACUAAGACAGUUUGCUGCCCGCCAAGAUCCCCAAUCCUCAGACAGCAUAUUCCUUGUAUUUAUGUCACAUGGCACCCUGGAUGGAAUCUGUGGAACAGACCCAGAUAUUCUUCGUGAUGAUACCAUCUUCCAAAUUUUCAACAGCUGUAACUGCCAGAGUCUAAAAGAUAAACCCAAGGUCAUCAUUAUGCAGGCCUGCCGAGGCAGUGAGUCUGAGUUCAGGAAACCCAGGGAGUGGCCAUGUACUUCUUUCUAUUAGUCUAGUCUAACCUUCAUUUUCCCAGGAAUGGGGAGAGAAACAAUAUUUCAGUACAACUCUUAGGUCCAGUCCAGAAAGAAAUUGUAAUAAGCCUGUACUAUUUUUCUUUUUUUUAAGAAAUGAUAAGUAGCCUAGAAUAAUGAGGAAUAUCCUGAUUAUUUGAGACUAGGUUUUCAACAUGGUCAUUCUAAACUUAAGUGGGCUUUAUGUGGUUCCCAGUCAGUGAGGCAGUUUUUCUAGUAGCAAGACAUUUGCAUUUUUAAUAAAUGCCAUAUUGAAAGGAAUAAUUGUAAAAGACUUUCUGUGUGUAUGUGUGUGUGUUAAUAUAACAUCUUUUAUAAGACAUGGAUGUCUCAGAAGGUGCUGGGAUUUUUUGGGUGACUGACAUGAGAGAAGCCUCUGCAUAUAGGUAUGACCAGUUCUUGCAGUGUUCCAUCUGGAAUGAUGCCAUUACAAACGGCCAUGUGGAGAAAGACUUCAUUGCUUUCAAAUCUUUGACUCCAUGUAAGUGACUUCAGAGAGAAAAAUUUCUAGAUCUCCUAUUAGUUUCUUGAUCACAGGCUUGGUUAUGAUCAUAUCUUAUCACUAAUAUAAGAACAUUUCUUCCCUAACUAAUGAGAUAUUUAGGUGGGGAAGAUAUUUAAGUAUUGAGAUUUUCAUGACUGGAAACGUGUAUGUAUUGAUACUGGAGGAAAUUUUCAAAAUAAACAGGACUUCGGUGAAGACCCAGAUUUAAGAUAGUCUAUACAUAAGUCAAGAGGUUUUUUAGAUGUAGCAAUGGCACAGAAAUGUAUCAUCUUCUCAGAUUUGGUCCACCUGAUGAUCUACUAACAACUAAAUGAGCCAACCAGUGAAACUGUAAAGCUUGCUCAACACAUGCUUGCUCAACACCUAUCGGCCUGUUAUUUGAAUCUAGUCUUAGGUUAUUAGUUAACAUUCAAAUACCUGACUUCAUGAGAGUGCAAUCAGUGACUGAAAAUCCUUCUUUGGCAGGAAAGUCAGAGUAGAAGGUAGAAAUAAAAGAUAUUCUUGAUUGCUCAUGGUCAUACCUGUAGAAAAUCUAUUUAACAGUCAUUCGUGAUAUUGUUUUAUCAAUGAUUUAGAUAACAAGGGAAGUUU